AUGUCUAUCUCAGGCGCAAUCGAAGCAGUAAAGAAGGUCUCAAACGACUUAGUUGUUCUCCCUGGAAGCGAGGAGUAUGAUGAGAUCACCAAAUCGUAUUUUACGGAACUAGAACGCGAGCUGAAACCUGCAUGUUUCUUAACUCCAAACUCGGCAUCACAGGUUGCGAGCAUAGUAACGGCCAUAAAACCAUUUUCGGGUCCUUCAACGGUUGCAAUUUGCGGCUCCGGCCAACAGGCAACCCCCAAAGUUGCAAAUGUUCGCCAUGGCCUCGUGAUCCAUCUUCGCCAUCUCCGAGGGAUCGAGAUUGACAUGGAAAAGGAGACCGUCUCGAUCGCGGCCGGGGAACAGAUGGGACACGUAUAUGAGAAAGUAACAGCAGCGGGAUUCGGCGUUGCUGGGAAUCGACAUUCGAGCGGCGGGAUAGGGGGAGAUGCCGUUCAAGGCGGACUAUCUUACUUCUCUUAUGCUCGAGGUUUCGUUUGCGAUAGCGUUGUCAAUUACGAAAUCGUCCUUGCCAAUGGGGAGAUCGUAAACGCAAAUGCCGAAACAAAUAAGGAUCUAUGGAUCGCACUCAAAGGUGGCGGGAAUAACUUUGGGAUCGUCACACGCUUCGACCUCAGUAUCUUCAAGCAGGGCCAGCUGUGGGGUGGCAAGGUCUUUUACUUCGAGCCUAGUUUCUCCGGGCAAAUACAAAAUCUUGUCGACUACAUGCAUAACCCAGAAGCCGAUGUCGAUGUUCAUAUCUGUGUUAGUCUCGGAUAUGCCGCCGCAGUUGGUAGCAUUCUCUGCAUGAAUGAUAUUUUUUGCACCAAGCCCGAGAAACCAAAAGCACUUGAGCCAUUUGCGGAUAUCCAACCUCAGAUCGACCAGAUGAAGACUUUACGCAUUGAUAACUUGAAGAAUCUUACUACCGAAGCAUUUUCCGGUGCUCCUUCUAACAGGAUAGUGAAAAUUUCCACAACUGUCAAGGUUGACACUGGUAUUCUCAAGUAUGCUGUAGAAACGUAUCAUGCGGCAUUCGAAAAGCUAAAGGAGGUGGAGAAUCUCUUAUUCUCAAUCACCUUCGAACCCUUGCCUGUAUCCAUGAUCGAACAGUCUAUAGCUCGCGGAGGUAACUCUCUCGGACUUAAGCCAUCAGACGGCCCUCUUAUUGUGAUACUAUUCUAUAACUCCUGGGAUAGUCCUGAGCAUGAUGAGAAGGUAUACGAUGUGAACAAAAAGGCCCUCGAAGUCAUCGACAAGGAGGCACAGAGUAGGAGUGUAUCCGCCGCUUACCGAUACUUGAACUACGCGUUCACUCACCAAGAUCCUAUCAGUUCAUAUGGGCCCGAGAGCAAGGCACAUUUGCAAGCUGUUAGCGCCAAAUAUGACCCAGAGGGUUUCUUUCAAAUUGCAGGCGUAGGACCUUUUAAGCUCUCGAAGUAG